AUGUUUCCUUCAAUGCAUGCCCCGCUUCCUGUUGUUUGUGAUUCACAGUUGAUCUGGGCAGGCUACACAGGUACCUACCUACUUAACUCGAGUUCAACUCCACCACUGCACCUUCCUCAACUUUCCCUCCACAACAACAAAAUGCAUGAAGAGUGGACGCCCGUUCUCGGCGAAAUCGCCUCAUGGAUUGCCGAUGAACCGACCGACAACAACCUCAGAUUCGGGCACAUCGACGGCCCGUGUGCUGCUAACAAAAUUGUCGAGGUGCCUCUUUUACUUCAACAAAAGCUCAAGCGAACGAAACGGCCAAGAGGGAUCCUUCUUGUCGUUCCUGAGUUCAAGAAAGACCAUGUCAAAGCAGCUCUUGACGACCAGAGACAUGAUCACCUUGCCCCAGUACAGACAUUGACGUACACCGAAGCCACGGACAUGCUCAAACUUGCCUACAAUACGACAUCAGCGGAGUUUGCGCUGGCUCUUAUGAGCCUGACAACGGUGGUAGCAAAAGCGAGUCGAAAGAUGCGACUGCUGACCUUAUCUUCGGAAGGGAUGCAUCCCAUGACCAAAUCUCUAUUCACCUCAUACAGCGCACCAAUUCUGUUCAUACUACCAGAUGUCCGGGAAAACCCUACCGUUAUCAUAUUUCUGCGGCCCAACCAGAAAACGUUCAAUAUCGUAGGGAAUAUACUUUGCAGAGCUCUUAAUUUCAGCAAAGUUCCCUUGCAUGGCGCAAGACGAGUGCCAUUGGUGCAGUCGAAUGUUAAUGAGCUCGGGACAGAUCUUACGAUUGAUCUGGAUUUCCUAACACAGAUUGGCAUCCGAACCCCAACUCUUGUUCAAGUCAGAGGUCACUUUUGCCUUGUUCUCUGCAACACGCGCGAUCUCCAGGUCUUCGACCUUCGAUCGAGACAAAUCUGCAAGGUCAAACUCAAUUCUUCGAAAUCCGAGCUGGUAGAACAGCUCAGUUGGGGCCACGGGGUCCAGGCUGCCCCAGGAUAUAUGCAGAGACGCCUUUAUCUCCAGGGCCUUGCCAUUCCCGACGAGUCUGCCUUUGGAUGGUCUAUUUCACCUGACGUGCAUGAGAAAGCCUUCUUCAAAAUCUUGAGGAUUGUGAACUAUGAUCAUCGUAUCGCCCAUUUCCUGUGCCAGAAGUCAGAAGAUGAUCGCGUUACCGCAGGCAAGAUCCUGAUAGCUGCCGUAGUGGCGUCAGACUAUGGUUUUGAGCCGAAGGUGGUCCGCGAUGCCGACGAAGGUUUUACCACGAAGCUGAACACUUUCCUCCUGCGCGGCUACUUCGGCGUUUGGGCAGUAACUGGUUACAUACCAUUCAAGGUAGCGAUCAUGGAAGCUAUCGUCGAUCCCGGAGCGACAUCCACCAUAUUCAAUCGGUCUCCAACAGUGCUGCAGGAUCUGGGUAUACAAGUCCAGGGACACGAAAUUAUUGAAGUCCAACGCAAAUGCAGACUUCUAAUUCAAGCGUUAAAAGACUCGCAGGUUCCCAUCAAUGGGAUGAUCGACUUGUCCACCAUCCAGCCACCAAUCACGCCCGCAAGACUUCAAGAGAUCAAGCUGCACCUUUCAAGAGCGUACCUACACCAGAUUGUCGAAAUAUCCACGGACGAAGAAGGGUUCAGUCAUGCGAAAGACAAGUUGUCAGAUCAGCCCUUUCACAUUUCCGAGGAGUCGGCAGAUGUUCUUUUGUUCAAGACAGACUGUCAAGGAGUGUAUACCAGUCUGCACUGCUCGGGAGACGGUGGGUCAAGAUGUAUGAGCGACUUUACGUACAUCGAUGAGGACAUCCUGCAGAAGUUGGAUCAUGAGUUGAGAGAUCGAGGUUAUCGUGGUCUUGAUGGAAUUCGGACAGCCUUGGCCCUAGGGAGCAACAGCUAUGAGGUAUGCUAG